AUGGCUUCCCGAUGGGUAGACUGGUCGAAAACGACCCGAUCCAAAGACUACCGCGGCUCCGGUUCCUUUGCAACCUUUCUCAUCAUCGGCCCCGUCUGCUUCGCCCUCGGCAUCCUUUUCGCCUCCUUCCCCUACGAUUUCCCCCUCCUCUGGACCUCCGACCCCAUCCCGCCCUCCUUCCUCGACCACCUCGAGACCCAUCUCCGCCUCAUGCACCAAUCCCCGCCCCUCAUCGCCCGCAUGCUUCACAUCAUCGUCUUCGUCGGCUUCCUCGGCUUCUUCAUCAAACUCUUCCGCCCCUCCGAAGCCAACGUGCUCUUCGACGGCGGCAGUCUGAUCCUAUACGUCAUUGGUGCGGGGGUGUACCUGAGUAAUAUUGUCAAGGGGAUGCGGGCUGUGAGUCAACCUGGUGGGUUGGCGGCGGCGGAGGAGCAGCAGAAGGCGGCUGCGGCUGCGGGGGUGGCGGGAACGGUGUAUUCGGGCCCGUUGACGGGGGAGGUGGUGUUAGGACGGGAGGAUAGUUUGAGGGUGUUGAGUGCGAGUCAUGUGAUUUUGGCGCUGGUGUUGGUGGGUGUGUUGGUGUUGCAGGCCGGGCAGUGGUAUGCGGAAAGGAAGGAGGCCGAUGAGGUGGCCAAGUUGGAUCGGGAGGCGUCGGAGAAGAGGGCUGCGGCUGCGGGGGGGAAGAAGAAACAGUAG